CAUAUUUGCGCCAUUCAGUGUAGUACACAUUGUUACCAUGAGAUUGAUCUCCUCUGGCGAUAGUUUGUUGUUCGCCAUGCGCCACCAUUCCAAGAAUACCAUUAUCUAGAAGCUGUACAAAUCAAUCACAUUUUAGGCGGGCUGGCAAAUCAGCAUCCUUGUGCUUGUCGUUUGUCUUUGGACUUGUUCCACUCAUAUUGCAAUGUCGGAAAUCGGCGGUCACUCAUUGCCUGAACUGGUCCAGUGGAUAAGAAUAGAACUGGCUGGGGCAGAAACACAGGGCAUGAUCUGACUCGUAAGAGCCAACAAUUGAUCCUACCUCCCACAGACCCUAAUGUUUGAAUCCCAAGACAGUUAAUAACUACCGAGGCCAUACAUAAUUAUGGUAUCUAUACGCAGCACUCAUCAAACCCAACCAGGUACACAGCCUUACACCAAGGGGUAGAGUUGUAUCCACCUAGACCAACCCUUGCGGAAUUCCUUAGAGAAUGCUAGAGGGUUUCUUCUUUCAGCAAUUUCGUGCGUAUCCCUUACUAUGAUAAGUCCAUGAGGCUCACAGUCGUGACGAUCCCUCAUCUGCGAAGCGAAUAUCGCGAAAACAGCCAAAAAGUAUUCUAUUCGCAUCAACAGACUAGAAUUUCGCGCCGCAAUCACAGACCACCUUUUUUUUGAACCAUUCUUAUGUAAGUCAUGCACUUAAUUGCGCCAACUAGAUCAUCAUGGCGAGCGAACGGCCCGAUAUACUCGUAGCUAUUGAUCUAGGGACGACUUAUACCGGUGUCGCCUGGGCGCGACCACAACGGAACCAGGUCUUACAAAGCCCCAUCCAGAUUAUCCAUAACUGGCCGGGCAGCUCAACCAAGAACGAACAAAAAGUUCCUACUUGUCUCAUCUACAACGAAGGCGAUGGCUUAUCGUCGUGGGGGUAUUUGUGUGAGGAUGACGAGCCGCUGGAGAGGAAGAAGCAUGAAUUUUUCAAGAUCUUCCUCGAUGAGCAAACACUGAAUGAUGCACGGCGACAAGGCAUCGAUCGGGCACCCGCAUCCGUUCGAGAUGCACAAAAACUGAUUUCUGACUAUAUGCGCGAAGUCUACGCGCAUGUGAAAUCGACUGUAGAGUUACAUACAGGCAUUGGUCACGUCGGUUGGCAGGAAUUGGCCGUCGAGUUCAUCUUCAGUGUUCCAACAACAUGGAAGAGCCAGGAAAUUAUCAAUGCGUUCAAAGAAUGCAUAAAAAAUGCAGGGUUUGGCGUUGAAGGCCAGCGCCACAUUGCUACAGUCGAGUUGACCGAAUCCGAGGCCGCAGCCGUCGGAACUAUUAAGAACUCCGCCGUCGCUUUCCAAACGGGAGAUAUUUUCCUAUCUGUCGACGCAGGAGGAGGAACCACAGACCUCGCAUUAAUGCAAGUUGUGGAAGCUCGCGAUCCAUUCCCAUCACUAGCUCAGCUGAAUCAGGUCGACGGCAUAGGGAUUGGCUCUACUCUAAUCGAUCAAGCUUUUGUGUCCAUGGUAAACAAGCGCCUCAGUCGGUUUCCCGAUCUGAUACCACAUCUCCCGCCUGAUUGUGCCGAGAGACUCGUUAAAAGCGAGAGGUAUCGAACGACGAAACACAAGUUUGGCGAACGAGUCUACCAGUCCAAUUGCUAUAAGUUGAUCUUAGAUGGCGUUCCUUUCAAUCUCAGUCAUAGCGAUGCGCGGAUUGAGCUCGGUAGGAUAGUAAUUUCAUGGGAAGAAAUGCAAUCCCUCUUUGAUCCACACGUCGAAAGUAUUAUGAAGAAAAUACACGAACAACUUAACUGGAUGCAAGCUAACGGCGUGAACCGACCAAUUAGCUAUAUGAUUCUGUCUGGUGGGCUUGGAAGUUCUAAAUACGUCCGCGAUCGUAUUCAGCAUGAAAUGAUGACCAGCUUACACCCGUACGCGCACCAAGUCAAAGUAUUACAAGCCCCGGAUCCGCAAUUAGUUGUCGUGAAGGGUCUCUUGCUAGACCGAUUACAAAGGCUAGAUUCCAGGUGCGCUCCAGUUAUAGUAAGUAGGGUAGCUCGAGCGAGUUAUGGUGUGGUUUGCAAAACGAAAUACAACCCAGCAAUUCACAUGGGUGAAGAAAUCAAGACAGAUUCAUUUGACGGAGAACAGUACGUCAUGAGCCAAAUCGACUGGCUCAUCAGAAAGGGCGAUCCGGUGAGUACGGAUAUCCCUAUCAGCACAACCUACACCAAGAAAGUAGACCCAAAAGAUCCGAAUCGCACGUGGGAAUCCGUUAUCGUCGUCUCCGACCUUAAUCGUGACCUUUUGCCACGUAGUAUGAACCAAGCAGUGGGGGCAAAGCAGCUUUGUGUAGUUAAGAGCGACUUAACAGGAGCAAGCCAUAGCGAUAUGGUUCUGAAGCGUAAAUCGAGACGAUAUUUACUCCAAGGCAGGAAGUUUUACCUGUGUACUUUUGAAGUACGAGCUAUUGUAGCUUCGGCGGAGCUUCGGUUCGAGCUAUGGUUUGCUGGGCAAAAGUUCUCGGGGAACCACCAACCUAUCAAGAUAACAUGGGGAUCCGAGGGAUCUAAGUUGAACGGGAAGUAAUAUACCUUAGUAGCUAAGCAUUUAAUCAUGUACACUAGUAAUCGUAAUUUGGCAUCGUGGGCAGAAUUAGCAGCAAAGAAUUAGCAUCCAGUUUUGUUAACCCACCAGUCAGACAUGACCUUAAAGACACCUAAUAAUCAGAUUCUCUCGAGGGUAUUGCAGAAUCACAUCAACCAAGAAGGGGGGGCAUAUCGUUUCGAAAUUAGACAUGGAAAGUCUGCACCAAUGAUAUGGGCUGUUGCUCUUGGGUUUUGGCUUCGGAAAGCUGUAAGCCGCCCAAUAUUAUGCAGCUGGUCGGC